AUGUCGAGCACAAUACAAAAUACCAAUAGCGUUUCAUCUUUUGCUCUAGUUAUUGGAUUAAUAAUAGUUUUAUCAUUAUUAGUUGGUAUUGGGGCGAUUAUUUAUCUGGCAACAACAAUAUCAAAAGUGGCAACAACAAUAUCAAAAGUGGCAACGGUAAUGGCAAUGGGUUAUAAUAGUUCAAUAUCUUCAAUAUCAAAAAAUCCCCGCAGCAAGACCGCAAAGAACGAUAAUAAUGUUCUUCCCAACAAUAAUCUUUUUCCCACCAAAAAUAAUAUUCGCGCUAACAACAAUAACAACGACAAUAGUAAUAUUUCUCAACAAUCAAAACUAUUAAAUCAUCAAAAUAUCGAAAAAGAAAAAGAAGAAAAGAUUCGAAAUAAAAAACAUUUACAACAACCAAUUAAUAUUAAUAACGAAAGUGUAAUGAAUGAAAUUACAAGAUUGCCAACAGCCUAUGCUCCAAGGGCACGUGUCCUGUAUGAUGAUAAUAAAAGAUCAAAAUCUGAAACUUUCUCGUCUUCUCCACUUUCCUACCCAUCAUUGUCAACUUCAACAAAAUUCUUGAAACCAACACAAACAAAAUCAUUUGUAACAAUAAAAUCUUUAAACUCUUCAUCAGAGACAUCACCUAGUAACAAGGCAAAUAAUAAUCAUCUAUCAAUAGACGAAAGUCAUUAUGAAUCAUCUCAAAACUCCUCUCAAACUAUAGUUCUUAAUUUAUGUGACUACUAUACCGAUGAUAAUAAUACUAUUGACAAUCGUCAUUCUAAAGGCAACUAUAUUGAUAGUUAUUAUCAUAAUAGCAAUUAUA